AUGAUAGCAGCAAGGUCAGCUGCAGCACCUCUAACAUCAGCAAUAGCAGAAGUUCAACCAGCAGAUCAAACAGAAACGCCAAUGGCAACAACUGUAGUACCAACAUCAGUGACAAUAGCUGCAGCGACAGCAUCAAAAGUAGCUCCAGCAACAGUAAUAUUAGAAUGUACAUCAGCAGAAUCUAAAUCUGCAACAGUGUCUACAAUAAGAAUCAGUGAAAAUGAAAAUGUGACCACCUUGCCAACGAAACGGAAAACAGUGCCUCCCACUCAUCUGAGUGAUUUUUUAGUUGGAAGCAGAAUGUGGAGGAAAACAAGAAGAAAAACAAACAGAAGAAGUUACCUGAGGAAUGUCCCCCACAGUGUUGAGGCUGUGAGGAAAAUGAAAGAGAGUCAGCUUCAGAGAGAGAAGAUGAAAGGAAAUGUAAAUGAAAGAGACAAAGUGAGACGAAGGGAAGACACGAGAAAGCCACAACCAAAUUUGGAAACUGUUGUUCACUCAAGGCCACCAGGAAGGGAUAAAUGUAGAGAGCAUUCAUCCACUCCAAAACACACAAAGCUGCAAAUAGGGCAGCUGUCAAGGAAUGUGACAAGGGAGCAUAUCUUUGAAAUAUUUAAGGCAUUUGAAAACAUAAAAAGUGUGGAAUUUCCAAUGGAUAAACUGCAUCCAGGCUGUGGUACGGGUUCUGCAUAUAUUGAAUAUGCAACGCUGGCUGAAGCUCAACGUGCAAUGAAGCAUAUGGUUGGUGGGCAGAUAGAUGGCCAACAGAUAACAGCUGCUCUGGUGCUGAUGCCACCAAAACCAAGACCACCUCCACCUCACCCCAGUCCUCCCCGCAGACCUGUACAUUGUAUCAGUUUCAGUCACCUCCACCACCACAACAUUGGAGAAGUCUGCAUCGUCGGCGACCUCAUUGCUCCAGAUCUUGUUGUUGAACACCUGUUCAUUAAAGGUGGUACAGUUAUUCAAGCUCCAGUAAUUCACACUGAUUUUGCUUGUGAAGAACCUCUUAGUUUACAUACUGAUUGA